AUGCUGACCCGACUCCUUGACAAGGCGCUUGUGAAGCUCGAAAUCAAAGACUCGCCAAAACAGACAUCCGCCAGGGCAGACGAAGCACUCUACCCGACCUUGUUUUUCCCGCCCCCACCCCAAGGCACGACUUCUCUCUGUCGGCGAUGUUUGACACUACUCUCCCACUUUAUAUCGCGGUUUGGAGAUGGAACUGACUACCAGCCGCUCACCAUCACUCACUCGUGGUCGAUACGGGAUCUUACACACGCCGUUCAGAUGAACCACGCGGUCGCUCGGAAGAACACUACAGAGUGCGUGAUAUGCAUCAAGGUAUUCAUAUUGUUCAAGGCUAUGCAGGCGCAUGUUUCAUUCGAGGAUUCGUGGCGGACUUCACCGUCUACAGAUUGGAACUUGACUUGGGCAAUAACUUUACCUAAUUACGAGCCAAACAAAGAUCGUCUGCACGUAAAAUUCUCUGUGACCCACAAGGGCGGAUACAGUUGGGGCAUUGGUGGCUUCAAGGUAUAUCCCGAUAGGAAUGCUACAGCUGCGAGAGCCCCCGAGAAUCCAAAUAAAGUGGACGAUACCCUUUUGGUGGGGCCGCUUGAUGGUUAUGAACAGCCUACAGACGGUAUCUCCAAUCUUGAUUUCUCUUCAACACUGAGCCAAGGGACCCUCGCCCUCGUAUCUUCUUGGGCAAGGGAGUGUGCAACAUCUCACGCAAAGUGCCGAAGAAUAUUUGGAAGCGAUGGACUACAACAGCCUGAGCCUUGGUUCCCAGACCGGCUUGUCCAAGUCAGACGCAAAGACAACGGGUCCCUGACUGCUCGACUUGUGCUCAAGGCCAACCCAGCACAUUUUCCCACCUCUGCCUCGAAACACGUUGACUACCUCUCAUUUUCCCACUGCUGGGGACCUCCUCCUGAGCCAAAUGCUCCCCUCGGCGGCCGAGCAGGCAGUGUCCUUACGCGAGACACGCUCUCCAAGUGGACAGCUGCUUUACCGGUUAAUGACCUUCCAUUAGCAUUCCGGCAUGCUAUCACUGUCUGCGCCUGGCUCGACUUUGAGUACAUUUGGAUUGACAGCCUUUGCAUCAUGCAAGAUAGUCGAGAGGACUGGGAGAUCCAAAGUGCCGUCAUGGGAGACGUUUACAAGUUUGCUUUCCUUAACAUCGCCGCUCUCUCGUCUACGUCCGACUAUAAUGGCUUCAUCUUCUCUCGCGAUACGAGGAUCGUUUUUGGCUUUCGACGCUCCUUCGCAAACCUCCUCGGUCGGAAUGCCAGUGAGCGAAAUCAAGAGGGGAAGCAGUGCGUCUUGCUCAAAGGACAAGCUCCGCUUGUCUGGGAUUUUCAAAAGGACAUUCAGGGGAGUACGGAUUCUAACACUCCGCUCUUUACUCGCGCAUGGGUGUAUCAAGAGCGCAGUCUUGCUCGUCGCUCCCUUGCAUUCUCCAACUCUAGCGUUUACUGGUCAUGCGAUGAGCAUAGUGUCUGUGAGCAAUCUGGAUGGGGAGGGUACAUGCAGAAUGGCCUGCGAAGAACUUUACAUAGGGUAGAGGAAAUCAUGAGCACCAUCUCACAGAACGGGGCGACCGAAGACCUCGCAAAAAGCUUGAUUCAGGCAUUCGAUUACCAGUGGCACUCGACCGUAACAAACUACUCUAAUUGCAGUCUCACCAAGCACACCGACAAACUAGUGGCCGUGUCUUCCGUGGCUCGCGAGCUGGACAGCACUGGGAUCCUGCAGAGUCAGCGGUACCUCGCCGGCCUCUGGAGCGUGAGCAUCCUCAUCCAGAUGUCUUGGAUCACCAUCGUCGGCUCCAAGACACCUGCGCGGAAAGUCGUUGGGGAGGAAGGCUACGUCGCGCCGAGCUGGAGCUGGGCCUCGGUCGAAGCGUGCGUUCAACCUCGCCAUUUCUGGACGGUUACAUCGGCGACGACCAUCCCACUGGGCGAAGUUCUCGGCGCCGAUGUGGAGCUUGCCACGGAUUACAAGUUCGGCUCUGUCAAAGCGGGCUGGAUUCGCGUCCGCGGGCAUCUGAACGGCGUCCAAUCCGGGUCUCGCGACGGUAAAAGCCUCAGCCUCACUGAUAGAGAGACCGGAGGCGAUUUGUGGUUCUGCUCGGACACGGUCGAAGGCUUCGAUAUCGUCCGGCACGGAAACGCAAGGAGGCUGGUGUGGAUGCCGUUGUCGGUGAGCUUCGAUACUAGCAUAUCCGGGAAGUGCCUCGUUCUUCUGGAGGUGCCGGGGCAGCAAUACGGGGGGCCGAACGCGUUCAUAAGGCCCGGCGAGAAGGUCUACCGGAGAAUGGGAACCGGAAGAUUUGGGAGGACUAUCGGCAUGUUGCAUCCGACCGAUGUGGUCCUUGGUCUGGGCACUUACCCCAAUAUCAAAAUUGGUGGUGAAACUCGCACUGGGGCAGAGCUCGCUAGCGUCUUCACGCGCAAACAGACCCCAAUGGAGGAAUUUGUGUUGAUAUAG